AUGAUUGAUGCAGCUGUAUCUGACUUCCCACAACAUCUACACCAGAGGGGUAAUUUACCCAAGGAAGAGCGCGUGGCGCUAAAGGCAUUAUGUGAUAAUAAAAAUAUCAUUAUCAAGCCUGCUGAUAAAGGUGGGGCAGUGGUUAUCUUGGAUUACGUGUACUACAGGUCUGAAUUGUUGGCACAAUUAUCUGACAGCAAUGGUUAUCGCAAACUGAGUUUUGACCCUACUUCUAAAUUUCAGCUACGCCUCAAAAAUCUGUUGGAUAUUGCAUGCACACAUGGCUGGAUUACGGACACCCAACGAGAAGGACUGUACGUCAAACAUCCGCAUUGGCCGAUUGUGAAAUCAGACCACGAUCUGACAGCACUUAACCGUAAGAGAGUACGUUUUGGACACAGGCGGAACAGAAAUCUGAAGGAACUUCUUUCCCCCACCGACCCGGUAAGCAAAUAUGAAACACCCACACGAUUGAAUAAAUUGGGUGUAUUCAAAUGUGGCAAUUGCACAAUGUGUAAUUCUUUAAUUGUAGGUGACAAAUUCUUCCAUCCACACACUGGCAAACCAUAUACCAUCAAGCAGAGGCUCACGUGUACAUCUCAGAACGUGGUAUACAUUAUAAAGUGCCCUUGCGGGCUUUUAUACUGUGGUAAAACCUGCAGACAACUACGGGAACGUAUUAGCAUGCACCGUUCCACCAUUAGAGCAGCGCUUGAUCCAAAACCAAGAAGGGAAACCAAGCAGGAUAUCUCAAAACAACCGGUGGCUCAACAUUGGUUGUCGGCUAAACACCCGGCAUCUGCCUUUAAGUGCAUGCCAAUUGACUGCAUACAGGAUUCAUUAAGAGGCGGAAACACGGACCGCAGGCUGCUUCAGAGGGAAGCUUUCUGGACAUAUGAACUUAAUUGUGUAGCUCAAAAGGGUCUAAAUAGCUCUCUGACUUUGAAUUGUUUUCUGUGAGACCAUUUAUUACUGGACACAGGUUUCAUGAAUAUAUUCCUGGCUCAACACAGAAGUAAAUAUACAAUACAUAGACGGUCUUACACAUACCUUGUUGUGCAAUACAUGUUGUAGAUAACAUAUUAGAAUUGGUUCAGCCUUAACUUUGUGUGUACUAUAGUUAUAAUGUUUAUGAUAUAACUCUAUAGAUUUUUAACACCGGGGGGCCGUCUGAGUAACCAAUACAAUAUGUUAAAAACGUUACAAUCUUUAUACAGUGAUGUAUCAGUGUUAUACUGAAAUCUUAUUAGCUUUUAUCACUUUGUACAACUUUUUAAAUUUUUGUAAGUUUUAUUGCUCAUGACAUUUCCGCUAGAAACAUUAAUGAGCGAUUCUUAACACUCCAUCACUUUUAUACUUUUAAGCUACCACAUAUAUUUAUAUAUAUUAGCACUUGAACUACAAUUUUAUGAUUGUUACAGCCCCUUUUUAGCUUUGUCUGAGGGAUUUGCUACACCUGAUGUUUUGUCACUUCCUGUUGAUAGGUUUAAUGGGAUUGUGGGUAUAUAAACUGAUUUGGAUGUUUGACAUGGUUGCCUUGAGAAAGGUCCCUGAGUGGACCGAAACGUCAUGUCGGCUUUGCAUGUUUUUUUGAAUACACUUGAAUUAUUCACGAAA